AUGAAUAAUCUGGAAACAGACGUCAGAGGUGGGAUCGCCCAGUACGGAGGACCUCGUGUACGCUCGGCUGCCUCCUCGGGUAUUUCCGGAGUGUGGGUUAAAUCCCCGCCCCGCUUCAUUCCUGCGUUGUUUGGGGACAGUAGGAAGAUGGCGGCGGCCCCGCUAUACUGUGUCUGCCGGCAGCCUUACGAUGUGAGCCGGUUUAUGAUCGAAUGCGACCUGUGUAAAGACUGGUUUCACGGCAGGUAUGUCGGUUUUAAUAUGCUUUACCGGUGGGGUGCGUUGGAAGCGGUAAACACUGGCUGUUUACCGAAGAAAGGCGACGGUUAUUGAAGCGGUGGUGACUGCUAGCUAAGUUAGCUUACUGGCGCUAGCGGUGGGCGACGGGGGUUUUAAACCGUCUAUUGACACGAAGAAAGUGGCUGUUCAUUCUCUUGAAUCGGCUUAUAUUUAGGCCGUUGUUUUCCCAGUGAUAGUGAAACAUCUCACACGUGUCCCACUUCUGCAAUUGGAUCAAUAAUUAAUGUUAUUAACUGAAACAGAAUGUAUAGGAAAUAGUUUUAUUCCAUAAUAUGUGGAUCUAUCAUGAUCACCGAUCUGUGUCAGUCUGCCCGUGUCAUUUAAAGCUCAAAGUGGGGUCAAAGUUAAACUCAAAGACGGGAUGUUUUCCAACUUCUAGCCAUUUCAGGGAUAAGUUUGAAAUCGAUUUCUGUGUUUCGACGAAUUAAGAGCCAGUUGGACCAGUCAUUGUACUCUCACGUACAGAUCCGAGCUCGCAAUCUGGUUCACCGAGUUAGGUUAUUCGAGGUAAUGGCAACCGCACUCAACCUUUCACAUAAUCUUACAUAAGCUAGAUUUACAGCUCAACUUCUCGCUGUUUUUACACACAGUCUGGCUUUUGUCAUUUUGAUUGGUUAAUAUGUGAUUUUUAUUGCAUUCAUAAUUCAGCUCUUUGAAAAUAGCCUCGGUUGUUUUGUGUUGCAUUUGUUAUUUUUGUGGCUUUCUUUAUUGGAAAUAAAAAAAAUAGCGGAGAACAAGGAGCUUGUUAUGGUCGGGGUUUUGAUUGACAGCUUACGAAAUUUAAAUCCCCCUUUCAAGCAGAGGAGGCACAUGGCAGAAGCCUCCUAGUGGUGAAAAGGAGGAGUAUUUAUUUAAAGGUACCAGGCAGGCACAUUUUGAGCCCCUCUGUGUCCCUUUUUUGUCUUUUUUUCCAAUUCUCCUAUCCCUAAAUUUCAUCAUACAUGUGAAAUAGAACCCCCUAAUUAAUCAUGCUGGGUGUGUGGGAGUGGGCGGUACCUGUCAUGACAAUCUUAAGGGGAAUUUGUUAUUGAGUAAAGACGCUCUUUUGUGCAUUUAAGCAUACAUGGCGUUAAAUCUCACAUGUUAGUCAUGCAUGCUGUUCUCCACACCGGAUUCCUCUACAGGCGUCUCACACGUAUGAGUCAAGAUUGUUCUGUUGUGUUCUGCUGAGGCACUGGGAAAAGUACAAUCUGUACUUUUAAUUUGAUAAGGUUUAACCCAGAUAUCAGGCGCUUUCUGAAAGAAUAGGGUUGUUGUAACUCUCACCUUGUACUCUGAUCUUGAUAUUAUCGCAUAGGACUCAAGAAUGUGUAUCAAGCCUGUUGUGAAAUUAAACGUCCUGUGUCAGACCAGCAUAACCUGAGUUUGUAACUGUCACUUUUUAUCUGUGUGGCUGAAGUCCAUAGACACAAGUUACACAUGCCCUGAUUUCAGCUGUCGAGCCAGCCUGUGUGGGCGAAUCUCCACGGCAACUGUUUAUGAAUACAAUAACCUUUUUUUUUUCACUCGUGAUAAAAUGACGGAAGCCAUUGCGUAACCGCCUCGACAGCCUGCCAGAAAACUUGCCGGCCAGAAUUUGUGGCAUGUCAGAGCCAAAAAAGACCGGCUGUGUGUCAUGCGCCAGUAAGAAAAAGGAACAAAUGUUGGAGCUUCCCCCAUUGAUGACUAAUAAGCAGAUUCACAGAAAAAGAAAGAAGAGCUCCAAAAACAGCCACAUUUCCUGCCUCUUUCCCACGAAGCUGGCCAGAAGGAAAGGGAUAUUCUCUGGCUGUGGAUGAUGGCACACUGAUGGGGUGGAAAAGGAGAGGAGAUCGACCUCCUGUUGCCUGUUUUGUCAGUGUUGCUGUUUGUGUUUGUGUGUGGGUACUUUGUCUAGCUGUCUGAGUUCCUGGAGAGGGUUCUGUUUUCUAUCACUUGUCUAUCUCAGCAUCUCAGUACACAAUACAGGCUGGGGCUGUAAUGGGAUGAGGGAUUGGGCAUGGUAAACAGAGCACUGUGUUGUUUAUCUUUGUUGUGUGAUCAGUAACUGGAAAAGAACGAGGAUUUGUCCUGGUUAAGUGCUCUUAAAUGUAAGGCUGGAGCUAAAGAUCUCUCCAGAUAUCAGUUAGUCCUAAAAUUAGCUCUCAGUCUGCUUUUAUUUAUUAUAUAUAAAAUGGUGCAAAACGUCCAUCUUCUAGAGUCACUUGGUUUUUUGUAUAUACCCAGUUCAAAGUAGGCUAUUUACAGUACUGACACGUGUUAUCUGCAAUGUGCAACGCAUGUAUGCAUAGUGAUGAGUUGAUGUUGUUUAGCCAUCAGAAGCAUAAUGGGUUGAGUAUGGUGACCAGGUGUAGGGUUGAACCCUGCAGGGUGGAAACGCACAGUGUGUAUGUAUUUCUGAGUAUGUUUACAUAUUGCGCUGUACAUAUAUGGCUGUGUGUUUGCGUGACAUAAGGUGAUGUGAAAACAUACACCAGAAAACUAAUAAGCCAUUAUGGAGUUCAAUGUAUAGGUAGAUUGUGGGGACAGCAGGAUUCGUAAUAGUGCUUUUGCAAAAUUGUUGUGUAAGCAAUUGUACUUUUCAGUCAUUGGAUAUCUUAUCCCCAAAAAAGUAUUAUUAUCAUUAUUAUUAUUAUUAUUAUUAUUAUUAUUAUAAUCCACAAAUAUUCAGUUUGCAGUCAUCAAAGAAGUAAACAAAACACCAACAGUCACUUCCAAGAUAGGGCUAUUGUUAGCAGAGUUUGGAGCUCCGGUUUGUGACAACUGCUGAAAUGCAUCUGUGUUGUACUACCUGGAUGUAAACAAGCACAGGUGAUGACACAGUUUGUUGGUAUUUUGAUCAAAAACAUAUAAAUGGACUUGUACGUAGGUUGUGUCUGUUUAAACUAGCAAGUAAACACUUACCUGGAACAAUGUGUAACCAGCACAUAAAUGAAUUUGGAUCAUUAUUGACUAGUUCAUUGAAUGACUUGUUAUUUUUGCACCCCAACACUUGAAUGCUAAGACUGUACCAUUCCAGCAUUAAAAGGUGUAAAAAUCUACCAGCCCUAAUGUAGUCGUUUUGGUGAAGUUAUGAACUUACACCUCCUUCAAACUCAAAGAAAUACUCAGUUACAGUCAAGGUAGCGAUACUUUGAAUUUUAUUUAAUAUAAUUUAAUUUCCAUUUAAUCUACCUGAGUCUGUUGAUGAAGUGUUUCUCAAGCUGGUAAAUACUGGUGAUGAAAGCCAUAACUAAUAACGCACUGUGUCACAAAAAUGAGCAGCUACUGCCUUUCAUUUAAAUUACAAAUGUCAUCAUAGAAUCUGUUAUUUAUCAUCAUGUCACCAGACCUGCUCUUGUACGGAUGUGUCCUGCUUUUCCAAAAUGCCAGUUACUCCCAACACCGUAGAUUUGGCACACAGUCUGUCCUGGCUCAUGUUAGAUCCCAAAGUGUACCCUGGUGUAGGUAUCAGACACAGGGGCUGCCCCCCAUGUCCCGUUUGAGUAUGGAUGGUGGGGGGUGAUGAGAGACUCGCUAGACUCAGAGGGGACAGAGGGAAUGAUUGAUGGGCGCUAUGGCUAGCCAAGUUCAACGCACGAUCUGUCAAUUUCGCACAGAGUGUGAGCACACUGAAGGGAGAUGGAUAGCCUCCGUGGAGUGUCUCUUUAGUGUUUACAUUAAGUGGAUGGGUGGAUGAAAAGAAGGAUUUUGUUUUGUUUUUUUACCUCUGUUGUCUGUGAAGUGGUGUUUCAGAUCAUCACUUUAGAUAUCUGAUGGGUUAAUUGGCUGAAGUAAAGAGCUCCUGUUAAAAGCUGUGUUUACAUUCAUAAGCCGGCUGUCUCUCAGGGGCGGGGAAACUGCACUACUCCAAGCUUGAUCGAUGUUGAUUAGAGAGGUCGACAGCCUCAUAUAUAUUGAUUACGUGUCAGGGAGAGUUAUUACAUUAAUGAUAAAGCACUUCUGUCAUAAUAUUGAAAACAUGCUUUGUAGCUCAUCUGGGAGCAUGGCACUGUUUCCUUAUGUUGUUCAUGCUGUUAUGGGUCACACUAUCACCAUUUGUUUUGAUUGUGUACCUAAAAUGCUGCCACACAAAUAAAUGAGUGAGUACAAACUAGGUCCCAAACCACAAGAUCUUGUCACAGUAGAGUUGAGCACUCUGAAGGGGUCACAGGACAACAGAGGGGUCUGGACAGUGUUGUUUUCGUUGAUGAUCGUCAACAAAAACAACACUGCAGAAUAUAUGUUUAGCAUUUGACUGACGAAAUGCUAAUGAAUUUUGCAACUCUGUUCAUCAUCCUCCACUAAUGUUUUCAUCAAGUUUCGUUUCGUCAACAUAAACGCACAUUCUUCUCGUCACAUUUUAGUCAUCUAAGACUUAUGUUUAGCUCGUCAACGUCACGUCUUCAUCAUCGAAAACAACACUGGGUCUAGAUCCAAUUUGUCACCUUGACCAAGCUUGGUUAUUAGUGUUUUAAUACCACAUAUAUUCACAGUUAAUGGGGGUGAAGUUAACAGUCAGUUACUUUGAAGCUUGUUGUGGUAUUAGUACCCAGUAUCAAGCCAUGAGCUAGUUUUUGCAUCACAGUCUGAAUAGGCAAAGAAAAAAAUGUAUCCGCCUUAUUUCACAUUACAAUUUGCUCCGUCUUGGUUGAGUUCAGACUCGGUUUUUCUGUCCCCUUUUGUCAAGCAGUCACAAGACUUAUGACUUUGUAGGUUUAACGGGGCUUCUGAGGGCCCUAACACGACCAUGUUGAGGACAUGUGUGAAAGCAGAGCCUUCGGGCUGGGAACCUCAAGGCAAGGCAACCUGCACCGAAAACAAUUAAGUUGUUAAAACUCCUCAGGGCUCCCUGACGCCCCAUAAACAACAAAGCGAUCCUCUUUUGUUGUUUACCAGCUGACUUCAGAGAGAUUUCAUCAAGCCGCAACCACUUCUGGGAUUUUAUAGAGCUUUUAAACAUAGCUAGUUUCAAUGAUUUAAGCAGUGAGGCCAAAAUGACAGAUCUCGAUCCAUCUGCCAGGGCUCAGUGGCUCUCACAGCUGUCCAAGUGCUGCUCUGUUUGUGUAAGCUUUGACUGAGUGCAUUAGGGGAAAAAGGCCGGAGGAGUCAGGUGCUCCUUUGGGGAAGAUAAGGAUAGCCAGGUGUGUUUAACUGCCCUCAUCUCCUCUCUAUCUCUAUUUUCCACCACCCAUCCAUUAGGAAUCUGCCAAUUCCCUAAUGUGGGCGUGUCGCCGCCCCAUGCGGAGCAGUUAUUUAGAGCUUAAAAUAAUGGCGAUGCCCGCCUCCAGCCUUUGUGUUUCUGCAGUGAUCAUGGAGGACAAUGAACCCCUCACAGUGCAUGGACUAAUGAAUAAGCCCUCUCAGUCACACAGGAAGGAGGCCCUUGAUGAGAGGAAGUGGAGGGAGAGGGGUUGUUGAUGGCAGGGCUUUAGCCAAGUACACACGUCUCCUCUCAUUCAGGAAGGGAUGUUUAGCUUGCUAAUCUGCCGCAGUGGCGUCACAGAAUAAACCCUCCAGACUCUUGUCUUGUUUUAUCUCUGGUGAGACAAAUUGACUUCACUAUCCGCCUCUUUGCAACAAUGUGCUCUGUUGUUGUCCUGCAACAUAUGUUGACGUCAGUCUCCAAUCUGAUCUUCGCUCUGAUUGCUUUCCAGGCACACAAGGUUCACUUUGGUUCAAGAGCUGCCUGCACACUCGACAGCUUUGCUUGUGAUGAUGCAACGCACAAGAAAUAUUUGGCAUCCUUCCCUUUUAGCUGAGUUUCCUCCCUCCUUUUUUGUACAUUCUUUGUCUCAGAUCCACACAGUCUCGAGAGCUCUCGGUGCCUUUUAAAGUUGUGAUCAUUACAGGUGACACUUGAGCUGAGUCAGGCCGGUGUAAGUGGCACAGUGCCCUGGUUUCCCACUGUGGCGUUACAUAAAGGAAAGUGAGAUGAGGACAACAAAGUCACCCCGGCCAGGCAUGUGCUGCUCUUGCGUUUUUCUGUGAACCCAACAGCAUGAGAGCUGUGACUCAUACUCAGCCCCCCAGUGAACCACCACAUGUUUAAACCAAGAUUCCUGAUACAUGAGCAAUGCCCACUACUACAGCCAAGAACUGUAAAGUGUUAUUGUUGGUCAUCCGCUCACUCACGUGCAGGGGGGAGGAGUACUUUCUUGCAGCCUUUUUUUAGCCAUUUCCUGCCUUGUGCAAAAAGACAGUGAGAGGACACAAAUGUACGUGCUUGGCUGAAAGUUGAAAACUGAAGUGCUGUGGUUCCUUAAGGCUCCCACGAUGACUGUAACAGCUAAUUGUUAUUCUAUUGAACCCUUCACACAACAUUGAGUUUUAAUAGACUAAUUUAAAUGGGCAGCUGUCUACGGACACUUUCAUACAGUGAAACAGCAGAGGGACUUAAAACCGUGUGUAGCUCGCCUGCCUGAAGUCAUCUGGCUGUGGUACAUUAAUAUCAGCACAAACAGUCUUUGGCAACAUUGUAGUGUGGCUCGGCAGAUUCAAAAGCAACAAACCCCUUUACAUAAAUUCUGCUCUGAGAGUGGGAACUUCAACUGGACUUAGUAAAAAUCUUGACUGAGAUAGAUGUCUGCAUGAUAUAUGACUAAAAGGGAUAUUCCGGCAUAAAAUUAAUUUAGGGUCAAACACACUGUAACACCGAGUUAGACACCCCCUCGAGAAAACGCUACAAAUAAUACUCAGAACAACACCUAACUUCAUCAACAGUACAUAUAGAGUCCCAGUGAUAGUACUAGCCACCAAAGAUCUAUUUAACAUUGCCUAAUUUCUUUAGCAAAGAGACUAAACACAACUCACUUACUCUCUUCCAGCAGCCGCUUGUUUGUAGCGAGACCUCGGGCCAGUCCAUUACGGACUACAGCGGGGUGACACAGCUCAAGGAAGAAUAUUUACGAUCAUUUCAUUAUGGAAAUGCAAUCAGACUGAGACACUAGAACAGAAGAACUACUGCGUCUGCAGAGCUAAAUGAUUAAUAUGGUGAUUAUUACUUCAACGUCAAGGAAAUGAUGAAGAAAUGAUCAUAAAUGUUCUUCCUUGAGAUGCGUCACCCCACAGCAGUCCGUAAUGGACUGGCCUAAGGUCGCGCUACAAACAAGCAGCUGCUGGAAGAGAGACGGUGAGUUGUGUUUAGUCUCUUUGCUAAAGAAAUUAGGCAAAGCUAAAAUGAUGUUUGGUGGCUAGUACUAUGGCUGGGACCCUAUAUGUAAUGUUGAUGAAGUUAGGUGCUGUUCUGAGCAUUAUUUGUGGCUAUAGAGUGGUGUUUUGGUUGAGGUUUGUGUAUGGUUAGACCACACAAUAGCAAUACACAGUUGGUAUAACUGGAGAAGCAAGCGAUCUGCAACAUUCAUCUCUCGAGGAGGUGUCUAACUCAGUGUUACGGUGUGUUUGACCCUACAUUAAUUUUACGCCAGAAUAUCCCUUUAAUUCAUCUUGGCAAAGCUGCUGAUUAUAGGACGAGUUCAUUCUUGGUAAACUGAGGAUUGUUGAUACUGUUGAUAUCCUGUUAGUAUAGCAGGGUUACCAGAGGCCAGCACUCAUAGGAGCUCCCCACUUCCUGAUGACUUAAUGACCCCCCAGCUUUAUUUUCUUCACAGUUUCCUGCAAUUUCUCGUAGAUCAAAGCAGACAGCAGGCUGCCAUCAGCUCCAUCCCUCCUGCAGGCGUUUAUAAAUCCAUUGUAACCUCCCUCUGUCACUGUGCUGGCUUGCCAGCAGCCACCAGCUCAUCUCCAGAGCCCAAAAGGAAGGAGUUGAUGGUGGUUUUGUUUCAAGUCAUGUGUGCUUGUUGGUUUGUUGUGGAUUGCAGCGUGUCGUUCCUCCCAAAAGAAGCAGCUGUGUGAUUUUUUUUUUUUUAUGGUGCUCAGCGGUGUGUUUCUUAACCAGCCAAAUUAAAAGGAAGCACUGCAGGUGGAGUAAUUGCACUUGCUUCAGUCACAGGGGAGUUCAUGUUAGUACAACGGUUGCCAGCUUCAUUUGUAAAACUUUUCUUUUGGUUUUCCCAAAGUAGCUGUAAGUCAGAUGUCUGGAUGCACCAAACUGUCUGGCUUCAGUCCUCUUCUGCAAGAUACUAGUUGUCCAAAGACCAGAUGUUAGGGUGUAAACAUGGUUGUGUUUAUCAGUCAGCUAAGGAAAGAAAUGACCAGGGAUUGCAGAGCGAGUAAAAGAAGCAAACCUUUAAUUGCUAUAUUGGGGUCAAAUGGGGACAUCCAACAUCAAUAGAAAUAGUCAUCGCUUUCAGAUCUCAAAAUCCCCUUUUAAAUGGUAACUAUAAUGGUGUAAUCAAGCACAGAGACUUCUUUGUGUGAAGGACCUUUCCUUCACUUCAGUAAAGUUUAAAAACGACUCGUGCACAUGCUUGAGUCUCACAAACACAUGCAGCUUACAGUGGGUUUUUUUUCUCCUGACUCUAAAAAGCCAUCAGUGUCCAUACACACUGAAUGGGAGCUUGGUUGCUGUUCAACCCAUGCUGCUAUGGAAUGGGGCUGUGGUAUGCAACAGAGGAAUGCAUGUGUGUCGCUGCCUGUGGUUUGGCUGCUGCAAGACAGCCGGGGGUUGCUGUAGCACUGCUGCAGAUCUGUGGGAAAAAAAUACAACAACAUAGCUCGGCGUCUGUACAAUCAGUUGAUGCUCUGCUGUGAGUUUGACUGAUGCAUUUGUGUAGCAAAGAAAGUGUUAGGAUUACUGUCAUUAGUCCCCGAGACACUGUGGAGUGUCAUGGAGCAAGGGAAUCUAUUUAGUACAGGGUUUUACAUUUAAAUAUCAACUCUUGGCCCCAGCAGUACAGUCAUUGUACUGCACAGCAGUGUCAGGACAACAGUAUGUUGUCAUAUGGAGAAGUUGUCACACCCAAAGUUAAUGAAGGAUUUAAAUCAUAUGUAAUUUUCCAGCUAUGGUGGCUUUGUGGCUUUAGUUACUGCUUUGUUUACACAUCUUCUUUCUUGGUAUUCGGAUUUCAUCAUCACAAAUUUGAGGCUCACUGAAAGAUUACGACUUUUUCAAAAUAAAGUCCAAAUAGUGAGUGAGAUAAAGUGCUGCACUGUUAGUAGAAUUUAGAGGCAUGGAAGUGGACAGACUUGGUGGAAAUUGAGUAAAAUAUUCAUACAAAAUAUUGUUGUGUGCAAAGGAUUUACACUGAUGGAAAAUUUUGAUAAAACAAAAAUUGACAAAUGGAGAAUCAGACUUAUCAUCUCUCUCUGUGUGAGUAGGGAAGCAUUUCAGUGUAGUAUCUGACCACUAGAUAACCCUUAAUAUUCCCAUUUCUACAAACUUUACAAACUUUAGAUAAUCUAUUCCAGGGUCAUGCUGGGGUUUAUAUGUUAUUAAUGAUUAAGAUUUUAAAAUUUUCUUCUAUGUUACUGUUCACCUCCCUGCUGAAGUUGUAAGCAUGUCUUGAAAGAAGUACCUCAGAGAGAAAGCUCUUUUCUGGACCAUUUUCUUUGCUUCUCAUUUGUUAUUGUUUGUUUAUUCCAAACAUAUAAACACCAAUAUCACCCAGGUAACACACACAGUGUUUGACAUGAGUUUGGCGUUACCUUCAGUAUGAUCAAACUGUUCCAGUUUACAGGAUAUAAACUCAAUGGUGUCACACAGACUUGGUCAACACUUCGGUAAAUACUUAAGAUUGUGCGUUGCUGUGUACAAGGAUACAGACACAAACUGUCUGCUCUUAUUAUAUUCCAUAAAGAAAAAUAUAUACUUUUAUGCACUUUUUUUUUAGUUAUAAAUGUGACUUUUUUUCUGCCUAUCAAGAGGAUUGACUACCCUCCAUCUCUUCAGGAUCCAACAAGCUGCUUUCAGAUACCAGCAAUUUUUCUAAGUACUUGUGACGGCACGCUCGCUCUUAAUCAAAAUUUAUAAUCUUUUUUCUGAUUUGUCCAUAAAAUAACCUGCACAGUGAAGUGAAAAGUGACUGAAUGUUGUUGGCUGAAGGUUGCGUGUCUGAUCUUGAAUGAUAUUAAACAUGUUCGAAGAAAUGUGAACACGCUUUAACUGUGUUUUUUCUGUCCCUUUCCAGCUGUGUGCAGGUAGAAGAGCAUCAGGCUGUGGAUAUAGAUGUGUACCACUGUCCCAACUGUGAUGUCGUACAAGGACCCUCCUUGAGUGAGUACUGCUCUUGAUCAUUAGCGCCAUUAUUUGUUUUCCCCUGUCUCCUCCUUUAUUUACUCCCAAAGUGUAUCACAUUCAUCAAACUCUGUCUUGUGGUUCUGAGCCUCACAUUUACAUGUCUACCUUCUUUACAUUCAGUGUGUCCCCUCCCUCUUCUGUCUCUGUAUGUUGAACUGGUCCCUGGGGAGAAGCCCACUCUUUGCAGUGUUGCUCAAGCUUGUUUUUUUAAUUCUUCUAAGAGGGGGUUGGGUUAACCCCGGGCAGCCCAGAGGGCAGACAUUAACAGGAUAAUUGAAUGGUGUUGUAAGCCCUCCACUUUGAUUGGACAAACCCUGCCAUCUCCUCCUCUCAGCGCAGAGGUUGAGUAGUGAAUUAAUGUCCUUAAAAAAAGUGGUGCUGAUGUGCAUAAUUCCCCACUUUAUCGGAGCUUCAAGAGGGACAUGAUACAUUUGAAAUGAAACAGCCACCUUAACCUCAGAUGUCUCUGUUUGUCGCAGUGAAAAAGCGCAACAACUGGCACAGGCAUGACUACACAGAGCCAGACGACGGAUCCAAACCGGUGCAGGCCGGCACCCCGGUGUUUGUCAAGGAGCUACAAAACAGAACCUUCGCCAGGUAGAUAUCAGUGCGGUCACAAAUACAUGAAGGCCUAUGAACGUCAAUCACAGCACAAAGAGUCGGGCUGUAUUCGUGUUUUAAAGCACACGAGGAGUUCCCCAUAAAGCUGAGGUUAACAGAGGUUCAGCUGUGGUUGUUGAUUUAUCGUUGAGCAUCUACAUUAACCAUCAGAUAGCUUUACAGGGUUAUUAAACGGAUAUACUGUACAUGAUCAGACAGUUUUAUGACCUGAUUAUUAUCCCACAAAAACUGUGUUGAGCUUGUAUUCCCAACAGGAUGGGCCUUACAGGAACUACCUCUGACAGUGUUAUUUGAAUAAUAUCUAAGGGACAGAUGUUAUGUGCUCUGACCCUUAUAGGAUAGGUAUGACAUUCUCAGGAAAUAUUGUUGAUGCAUGUAAAUCAUGAACUAACUCUAAAGUAAAUACAGCCCAACAAACAACAGAGCUGAAGUAAAGUUGGUUGUCAGUAAACAAACUAUUGCUUAAGUUGCCGUUGUAAAGUCAACAUUCAUCUAGGGCCUGUUCCCAUUAUAGAUACAGGAUUUUCAUCUAUAAAUAACUGUUCAGUUAAAAUGUAGGCAAAGUUCCAGAUUGUGAGGUGAAUAUGUUUGGAGUAAUUCCAGGGUGAGACCUCAGGCUGCUCUGAUGGGCUUAUUCAAAAAGCCACAUGAGAUUCGCUUAAAUUAUGACAUCACUGAUUUGUGAAUCUCCUACUAAACCGACACUUCUUGCUCUGGUCUUUGUUGCUGAAAUUGUUCUCAAGUCAGUUUUGGGCAAAGGUUAGACCAUAUCCUGUAAUCUGUUGUUUUAAGUGGAGAAACACCAGUUAACUCCAUGAUAAUUACUUUCUGCUAUGGCAACAGUGCAGGAGGCUUCUAGAGAGCCUCAAAUGUGCGAUUAAAAAACUAUACUAAAGGCAUAAAAUUGCUGUCCAAAUGUGUGAUUAUAAUCGCAUUAUAACAUCGCAGGAGCAGAAGAAGCACAGCUUUUCACACCCAAAUAUACAGACAGCACUCAUUGCAUAUAUGGCUUAAAAUGAGCAUUAAUAUCUUGCCUUGAAAUUACAGUAUUUAAGAAACAAGUAAUACAGUGCAGCGUGUCUGUCAGAGGCUGAAAUACAUGUUUUCAAAGACACCAAUGUGAGAUAAGUAAAUAAUUUCUGAGCUGUAAAUCAUGUUAAGCUACCAUAAAGCUAUCAGACGGAUAAUAUGAAGCCUGAAAAUGAGCAUUACACCUCCUCUUUUCAGAGCGCUUUUCACUGACGCUUGCCGCUGCCAGGUUAUGAAAGCUGCCUGCGGCACUUCUGCCUCCAACAAGUCUGAUUCAAAUUGCUCUCGAUUGCCUCAUUUGGCUCUCAUUCACUGGAAUUUUACAUAGACAACAUAAAAACAACUGAUGUAAACUGUGUCUUACCAUUAGCAGCAGCUAUAGACCCUAAAAAUAGUACCCUAAAAAAAGACAAAUGUUCAUUUUCUCUCCAUACAGACUUCCUCUGUUGUAAUUGACAAAGUUAAGAUAAGACAUCACACCCUUUCUUGAUUUUGCUUUGUCAGUAAUGGAGAAGUGACAUUGACAAGUGUGGUAGUUUUCCAAAAGCAGAACUUCUUUCACUUCUCAUGGUUUUGAAUAGGAAACAAUGCAAAUGGAAACAGACCCUUAAGACACACAUCUUCGUAGCUACAUAAACUCACAUAUAUCUUGCUUUUUUAGCCAUGAUCACAACAACAGCAUCACUUAUGAAACUAGAAAGACAGCAAAAUAUGUGGCUACAUGUUUUAUUCCCACCUUUUUAAGGUACAUGUUCAACCUGACCCUAUGCCAAAAGCUGUUUUUACCUUCACUGGUUCAUUAAACUGUCUCAGUUCAAGUUUUAUUUGGCAACAAUGUCAUGUUUAUGGUUAUAAAUUUGAAAUAUGUCAUGCUCUGAUUUCAGUGGUGAGGAGAUCAUGUUACAGAUGAAGGGUGAGCUAGUGACACAGAGGUACCUGGAGAGACAUGGCUUCAACUACCCCAUAAUGGUGACAGAGAUGGAAGGGCUGGGACUCAAACUGCCAAGUCCGACUUUCUCUGUCAAAGAUGUGGAGCAGUAUGUGGGUAAGUUCACCUCUUUAACACCCAGGCUUCAUUUUGCAGUAAAACAGUCACCAUCAGCUGUAUCAAAUUCACAACAGCACAUUAGACGUCCUCCUGUGGGAAGGAUGUGGGCUCUGACUGGUAAUAUACAGCAGUCUUUGCUCUGUUUUUAAGGCUGAUGAAACCACCCAACACCAGCCUGCUAAGUGGCCAUCACUGAGCCGGCACCAUCUGCGUGUGUCAAUAUGAACAGGUUUCUGGGUUCAUGGGGUAUUAACCCACUUAUCAGGCAUCAGACGAGGGCCGAAUGACUUUUAAAUGAGUGACGUCUUAGCUUUCACUGCUCUGUAUAUAACCACUCUGCUCUCUUGUUGAAACAGCCUGCCACUUCCCAGCUCCUGUUACAAGCCCAUUACCAAGCCCACCGGUGUCUUUAUCAUUAGGGUCAGAUUACAGACUCCCCCCUUGCUCACUUUAUCUCCCUCUCCCACGCCUUAUUGAGCAUUAAGCCAAGGCACAGGUGUUGUGACCGGGGACUGAGUGUCGCCUUACGUUUUUUACAGUUAGGAGACAAUGGGACAACAGGGGUGAACGCCGAUGUCUCUGUCUCACUGGGGUCAAAGCCAGCUUAGUGUGUGGUCAGUCAUUUGGCCCAGUUAGAGAUCAACAACUAAUGGCCAAAGGAAGUCUUAUUAUUAUGAAGGUUCCUUUUAUUUUACUGGUUGCAACUGAACAAAUUUAAAUCUUUUAAAAUGUUGAUGUAGUAUAACUGUGGCAGGUGAGAUUUUGAUAUAUUUCGUGUCAGUGUUUGUCUGUUUCUUUUGAAAAUAUUCAUCAUUAGCAGGUUAUUUAAAUACACCCCAAUAACACAACUCGAUAUUACAUUAUCACAACAGAUGGACAUCGCUGGUUAAUGAUGUAGUAUUUCACAACAAUCCAAAAGAAGUAUAGAUUAAAGUCCCAAGACACCAGCUGCAUAUAACUUUCAAAACAGUUGCUCAUUUUUAACACGGGACUUUGUGCUUCAAUCAAACUAGAAGGGAUGCAUUAUGGACUUUGUCUCUGGUCAGUGAUUGUGGAUGGGGAUCUUGCAGAAAUGUGUAAAAAUUAAUCAGCCUUAUACUUGCCCAGGUAUUGUCUACAUGUUUAAAAACUGUAAUGAAUCCACUUGUACAUGAUUCUGUUACUUGUUCAGCCCCAAUUCCAAAAAAGCUGGGACACCAUGUAAAAUGUCAAAACAAAUGUGAUGCUGUUCAAAUCAUUCGAAGCCUGUUUUGUGAGGAACAUUGUGCAAACACGACAAAUCCAAUCGAAUUAUACGAGGAACAGCAUGUGCUCGACUUGAAUUUGAUGCCAGCGACAGAUUUAAAAAGAGGGAGAUGUUUUCUCCUGUGUUGCAUCACCUCUUCCUCCUGUUUUGAGGUGUGUGUUGAUCACAAGCCGGUAGGUGUCUGUUUGGAGUAGAUGCUGCCGCCAUGAUUUCAAAAGAGGAUGUCGAAUUAAAAUCACAGGAAGGUUUUCUACUAAAUGAGCUGGCGGUAAUCAUUAUUGUACAAACAUGGUACACUGUUAACUGGCAUUUAUGGAUGAACUGGUUUACUGUGUAUACACUGUGUUCACAGGCAGUGAAUUUUGGAAGUCAUAUUGAGUCCAUGCUGUGAUUUCCACUACAGAGUCUGAGAAUCAUGAUCAUUCUGUGUUGUUUUUCUCCUUAUCUUUGCUUUUGAAGGACUCAGCCUCUUCGGGAUGUUUUUCUAGCCAUUCAUCAUUUUCCUUCAGAUGUGUUUUCUUUUGAGCACGACACAACUGAACUUUAUAGAUAACAGAGGAAAUAAUCAACAUUUCCUUGAACUAAAUGCAGUAAGCAGAAAGUGUCUGGUUCUAGUUUGUUGACUGAGGCGCCCUGAAAGGAGGUAAACCUUCAGCGACCUCCCUCUCACUUUAGUUUUCAUAUAUAUCAUUUUGAUAAUAUCACAGAGUUCAGGUGUCCUCAUGCUGGUUCAGUCUUGUGGAUCUUGUGUGUUUAUAGAAGCCCUUUUCUCUUCCUGUCGGCUGUGAAGCUGCUGUUUGAGCGCGGCGUUGGGUGCUUUCCAGGCAGCUUUGUUUCUGGCUGUGUGACUGACUGCCACUGCUCCAGCUGUUCUCUGUCAUCAGACGCUGGCCAGCUGGGCCUUCAGAGGUGUUUGUGCGUGUGUGUGUGUGUCUGUGCGUGUGUGUAAGAGGGAGAACACGCAAAGGGGCAAUAAAAAAGGUGAGUGGGAGGGGUGUGGGGAAAUACAACAACCAGCUGUCUCGCUCCACACGCUGCACCCCGCUCCUACUUCCGGCCCCAUGUGUCACCAGAGUGUGAUUUGCAGCGUCCCAACUGUUAGCUGCACACAGCGAGUCUCUCUGCUCAGACUUCCUUUUUUUUCUCCUCCUUUUGAAGCAUCUGUUUUCUGUCUCAUAUGCACCACAUGAAGCCGGUGCACUCUCUCUUUCUCACAUCUGAACACCGAGUUCUCUCUCUACACCCGAGUCGAGGUCUCCCACGCACACACAGGCGCUGAACGCACCGGCCCUCUCACCUCCACCCACUCCCCCUCCUCAGGGGCUGGUGGUCUGGACAGAUUGUCUCUCUCGCCCCCUCCUCGCUCUGCCAUAUUGGUGCCAGUUCCCCUCAGGGUUUGAUCUCUAAAAGCACAUGGAGAUGCCAGCAGGCCGCUGACCUCAGUGAACCCCACACCCACUCAGCGGCCAAUUAAAAAGUUGAAAUAUUUCGAUUCAGGACUCUGCUACCCUUCCAUCUGAUAUCAAAGGACCUAAAUGUUGCUUUUCUCUCGUCUUAUCUUUCCCAGGAGGGGACAAAAUCAUCGAUGUGAUAGAUGUGGCCCGGCAGGCGGACAGCAAAUUGAAGCUCAGCGAGUUUAUCAAGUAUUUCACCAAACAGCAUCGACCGAAAGUCCUCAACCUCAUCAGCCUGGAGUUCUCAGACACGAAGUAAGCUCCCACCCGUUUGUUUGCUCCUCAGGAAUCUGUGCUGCAGGAAGUUUAGACUGCAAAGAAACAGGCCGAUCGAGUCUGUUAUAUCACGUCUCAACACGCUAAACAGGCUGUGUGGCUAAUAUGACAUGUUAGCAGACAGAUGUUAAUUAUGUUUGGGUGCCGCAGGUUUCUUGAUGGAAAAACUGUCACUGAUUUUGUCUUCUUAAGCUUUCUACCUUGUUCUGAAUUGAACUGCUUGGUUCAACCAUGCAACGUUUGAUCUAAACCACUGCUCUCUCGUUCAGGAUGUCAAAGCUGGUGGAGGUUCCUGACGUGGCUCAGAAGAUGUCCUGGGUGGAGAACUAUUGGCCCGAUGACUCCUUCUUCCCCAAACCUUUUGUUCAGAAAUACUGCCUCAUGGGAGUCAAGGACAGCUACACGGAUUUCCACAUAGACUUUGGAGGCACCUCCGUCUGGUACCAUGUUCUCUGGGUAAGAACGGAGACACAGAUUCAUGAUCAUGAUGUGGGACAAUGCUGCCUGUCAUCUGUCAGGCUUAUCCAUUUUCUAGGAGUUCAAAUAAGCAGAAGUAUCAAAGGUAGGCAGUCAAAGCUGAUUGGCUUGCUCUCACUUAAAGGGAUAUUCCAUCGUAAAAUUAAUUUAGGGUCAAAGACACUGUAACACCAAGUUAGACACCUCCUCGAGAGAUGAAUGUUGCCUACCGCUUGCUUCUCUAGUUAUACCAACUUUAGUAAUGACCGCACGAUAGCAAUACACAGCGGUCUGAGGUGCCAUAAACAAACCUCAACCAAAACGCCACUCUAUAACCACAAAUAAUGAUCAGAACACUACCUAACUUCAUCAACAGUACAUGUAGGGUCCGAGCCAUAGCACUAGCCACCAAACAUCUUUUUAACUUUGCCUGAUUUCUUUAGUGAAGAGACCAAACACAACUCACCCACUCUCUUCCAGCAGCCGCUUGUUUGUAGCGAGACCUCGGACCAGUCCAUUACAGACUACAGCGGGGUGACGCAGCUCAAGGAAGAACAUUUAUGAUCAUUUCUUUAUCAUUUCCUUGAAGUAAGAAUCACCAUAUUAAUCAUUUUGCACUGCAGACACUGUAGUUCCUCUGCCUUUGCAUCUCGGUCUGAUUGUAUUUCCGUGAAGAAAUGAUCAAAAUGUUCUUCCUUGAGCUGCGUCACCCCGCUGUAGUCCGUAAUGGACUAGUCCGAGGUCUCUCUACAAACAAGCGGCUGCUGGAAGAGUGUAGGUGAGUUGUGUUUAGUCUCUUUUCUGAAGAAAUUAGACAAAGUUAAAAAGAUGUUUGGUGGCUAGGACCCUGUAUGUACUGUUGAUGAAGUUAAGUGUUGUUCUGAGCAUCAUUUGUGGCUAUAAAGUGGCGUUUUGGUUGAGGUUUGUUAUGGCUCCUCAGACUGCUGUGUAUUGACAUCCUGCGGUCGUUACUAAAGUUGGUAUAACUUGAGAAGCAAGCAGUCAGCAACAUUCAUCUCCCGAGUGGGUGUCUAAUUUGGUGUUAUGGUGUGUUUGACCAUAAAUUAAUUUUACACCGGAGUAUCCCUUUAAAAUAAGAUGAAGUAUCAAAGGCAGGCAGUCAAAGCUGAUUGGCUUGCUCUCACUUAAAGGUUACCCUCUUUCCUCAAUCACCUCUUUUUAUCGAGCAGCUCUGGAGGCAGCACUGUUGUGGUCAUACUGACUUUGACUUCAGUGUGGUUGUCGGUGUCGUCAACAGCAGCACCAUCACUGCUGUGUCACUAAAGUGUUGUGACACUUUUGUCAAACUCCUCCUCAUGUGCCUUUUGCAGGGUGAGAAGGUCUUCUACUUGAUCAAGCCCACUCCCGCCAACCUUGCACUAUAUGAGGCAUGGAGCUCUUCGCCCAAUCAGAGUGAAGUGUUCUUUGGGGAUAAAGUGGACAAGUGCUACAAGUGUAUCGUGCCCCAAGGAACCACCCUGCUCAUCCCUACAGGUCUGUGAUAUAGCUUUAACUUUUUUUAAGUGUUAAUCAACAAGUAUGUGUGUGUUAUCUUGAACUAGAAGACUUAACUGAUUAGAUUUUUUAGUAGCUUCAAAGUAACCCAACAGAUACUCCCAGAUAUGCAAGAACACAGUGCUCAGUCAGUGUUCAGUCCUGCAGGCCCAGUGACACACACCACCUCCCUCUCACCCCCAUUCAGCCUCUGCUCCUACCUCAUUACGCCUCUGUGUGUUACACAUCACAGAGGAGCUGUAAGCGGGGGCACUAAUAUCCUGCCUUGAACUGCCAAUGUGUAAGAACCAGAAGAUCACUUAUAGCUUCUGUCGCACAAGCCCAAACUUUCUGCACUGACUAGCAUCGAAACUUUGAUUCCUGAAGAAGCAUGAAUACUCAGUCGUCAGUCAUUGUUGUUAUUGUCAUACUCACAGGAUAAGUGCAUUGCUGGUUUACUCAGUGACAGAAGAGUUGGCAUUUUUAAAAGUCUACACUCUGGAUCCUGGUGUCAGAAGUUGCAUCUUAAGCCAAUUAAAACCCUGUUUUGAUGAUCGGCCAAAACUCAGCAAUAUUUGCAGUUUCUCUGUUGAGUUUGUUUCAGUGUUAACAACCUCUAUGUCUCAGGUCAUCACCUUUCUAGUUUCACUCUCCUCCUGUGCACAUUAAAAUCACUCCUGAGGAUUCAAAGUUAAACGAUGUCAGCAGCAGCACCAUGAAAAGCCUCCCUCCAGAGAGUUUCUGACCCAAGAUGAAAACGUAGCAAAAGUCAUUUGUUUCAUCUAAAUAUAUAUAUUAGUGCGGUUGCCGCCUUUAAAUCCCGGAUAAUCACCUCCUUUGUGGUUUCUAAACACAAUCCACAUCCCUGAUAGAGCUACCUGUCACGCUAAUGUUAUACCAUUCGAGUUGUCUCACUCCUCUACAUCAAACCAGCUGAGCUGUUGUUUGGAUUUGUUUGUCUUUUCACAUGCUUUCAAAAGUUAAAAUGAUCAGGCGUCCCGCGGCUGCUGCCAGGAAAAUACAGGCCUGUUCAAGGUCCUCUGUCAUUGCCAAAGGAAAAUAACAGAGAGGGAGUUUCCUCCUGAGCAGCGACCCAAACAUUUCUUAAUGAUCAUAAUUAGAACGGAAAAGUGAAGAGGAGCAGCACGAUUAUAUAACAUGAAGAAAGUAACAAGGUUGCUGCACGUGACUCUGCAAACUCGCAUUCCUCCUGCAGCUUGCAGUGCAGUCAGAACUUGUAGUGCUGCUGUUGACUAUGACAUGCCUUCUCUUAGAGUUGAAGCUAAUGUCUUCAGUCAUACAAUUACUCCUUCAUCAGACGCUCAAUAGACUAUUUAAGCUCCUUUUGCACCCGCACAGUCAAAGCUCAGUUCUGCCGGUCGACUGCUGGCCGUCCUCAAUCAGCCUCAUACUGCUGCUUCCUCAGCGGGCUGGAGCAGCAUUGUGAAGGAGAGCUUUUUGGCAGAAAGGGUGUGGAGAGGUGGGAAUUAAGUGGGGGUCAGAGAGCUCAGGGGGUCAGUCAAGCAGUGCAUUAUCAGGCCUGUCUGUCAGACUUAGACCAACCCCCCCAGACUCUGCUUUCUCUCACUUUUUUUUGUUUGAGUGAAGAGCAAUGUUUACUCGAGCGGGAACGCAGCAUUCAAACAGACAAGCUCAUCUUUUUUGAAGCCUGAUUCUUGGAUGAUUUAAAAGUUUUCUUUCAGGAACUUUUGUGGAUGUUUUUGGUUCAUUCUCAGACAUAUAAAAGUUGUAAAUAUCUGCACAUAUUCCUUCACAUAACAUGAGAAGACAGACAAUUGAAUUGACCUUCAGGGAUUAAUAAAGUUCUUCUAAUUCUUCUUAUUCUUACUCUUAAAGAAGUGCUUAUUUAGGUGGUCAGUUGGCUGCCCUCUCUGAGCAUGUUCUUGUUUAAGUCUUGUGUUAACAUCUGUGCUCUGGCGCCCCCUCCAGGCUGGAUCCAUGCUGUUCUCACCUCUCAGGAUUGCAUGGCGUUUGGAGGGAAUUUCCUUCACAACCUCAAUAUUGGCAUGCAGCUCAGGUAUGAAACACCUCCGAUUCAACAGAAGUGGUUUUAUUAAGACUUAAUUCACGCCAGACUCAAUCGCUUUUUCAUCUGCUGUCUCUCAGGUGUUAUGAAAUGGAGCGUCGUCUGAAAACUCCAGACCUCUUUAAGUUUCCGUACUUCGAGGCCAUCUGUUGGUAUGUGGCCAAGAACCUCCUGGAAACGCUAAAAGGUAACAGUCAAUAUUAAUAUGUACAAACCACAUGAGUGAGAAUCUCUGAUAUUUUGAAGUUUAAUGCAUCAGACCUGCCAGAAAAGAAAGCAAACAGGCUUUAAAUGCUUUCGUUGACGGGGAUGUCAGUUCAAGUGUUUGCAACGUAAAGCCUUUGUGAGAGUUUCUCUACUGGUUAUGCAACAGAGUAAAGUAAAUACUGAUGAAUCCAAACAUCACAGGCUUGAAGGGAAGGGAAGGGAGGCCUCCCUAUAAAAAAAAAAUCAGGCUUUAGCUUUGAAAAGCAUGAAAGAAGUUCCAACACUCUAAUUUUUGUUCUUGUGAUGUAAAUGUAGUUUGAACAAAGCUUGAACAAUGCGUAGCUUCUCUUUGUGGUUUGGUUGAGAUUCAUGUUGUAUUCUUGUCAAAUGUAGGCGAGCCUUUUAUACCCAGUUUUCGGGGUCUUAGACACACACGCUCAUGCCUACAGAAUAAAAAGUCUCCCAUGUUUAAGUGCACGCUGUAAUCAAAACAAGCCUUCCAAGAGCCGUCACAGAGCCAACACGCUUCCUGUAUGAAGUGACCAAGGGUACAGUUGGCAGUGGAAAUAACAGAAAGAUCAAGGUUUACCAUCUGAGCAGUGAACACUGGGUGGAAACACACCAUUAGAUGCUCAUUAAUAAUGCUUGUUCCCACUGUGUCAGGUAGAUGUCCGUCACAGAGCAGGAGUAAUCUUUUAUUUUCACAUCUUCCUUUCAAAGAUUCACAGAAAACAAUAUUUUACACUGUCAAAAGAGAAAUUGAGAUUUUUAAUUUAAAAAAAAUCCUUGCACAUGGACUGGAUGAGCUCAGCGAUGAGAAGUUUUGUAACAUGGAAAUGAAUCAAAAUUUCUUCAAAUGAGCUUUUCUUGUGUUAUUAAAAUGCUUAUUACGGGCUUUGUGACAGAUUUAGUUAAAUCCCUGUUAAUUUUCUGAUUAAAAAUUCACCAAAAUUCAGUGUCAGAAAAUUAACAGAUUUUUCAGACUUUUUCUCCGGCUUUAUUCUUGUUUAACUUUUCUCUCUUUUUCUCUCUGUCUCAGAGCUACGAGAGGACAACUGUCCGCCUCCAGCCUACCUAGUAGAAGGAGUCAAGGCUUUAAUCAGUGCACUGAGGACCUGGUUGAAAAGAGAGGUGAGUGUCAGCCACACUGUUCUCACGGUCAUCUCUGCGACUCUGUGCCUGGAAUACCUGCAGGUCACUGCUGUUAUUUUCUGCUUAUCUGCUGGACGUGAGUCAGAGGACAGCAACAGACUUCUCUCUGUUCAUUCCUGCUGUCUGAAUGUUCUUCAUCGCUGCUCUGCAGGUGACCGAGCCCACCAGUGAGGUACCAGACCAUAUCAGGCCCAACCAUCUCAUUAAAGAGCUGACCAAGGAAAUCCGCUACCUAGAGGUAAAGACAGGCGGAGCGGGGAGGAUAAAGGAAAGAAUUCAAAGGCCUCAAUUUAAUUUGGGUGUUUUUGCCCUGGGAACCACAAAGGUUUGAGUGGAUAGAUAAUAGGAAACGGAAAGCUGCAGCUGUUUGAUCAAAUGUUUCUUCUUAUUUACAUCCUUGUUCAGUUGGCCGUAAAAGGUAUACUAUAACGAUCUUUAUAUCUGUGUUGUAUCUUGAAAAGUCACACAAACAAAUAACACAAAAUCACAAAAAUGUCUUCAGCAUAAACCUGUCAGACCGUGCUGGACACUGAGCGACAUGCUGUAUGUUGUAAUGUUUUCAUCCACAGGAGGAACCAGCCAAUGGUAGCAAGCCAGUGAAAUCUCAGGGAAGUGGGUGUGCUGUAGCGUCUGGAUCAAAUGGCUGCCCAGCUACUCGCUCUGCGCUGGAGAGGCUUUGCCAGGCCAGACGGGCGAGGAGGGCCGCCAGGAGGCUGAGGGAGCAGCAGCGACAGGCUCCCAAGCUGCCCUCCAACCUGGAUAUCUUGGAGCAACAUACCAGGGAGGUGCUGAAGAGGCUGGAGGUGGGACCGCUGGAGGAGGUGGGCAUCCCAGAGCUAACUGCAAAGAUAACCGUGUCAAGUUUUUUCCCUGUGCUUUUUUUACUAACUGACUGCUUUCAUGACCCAGGAUGCAGCAUUCUGUGCCAAGGUUCACGGGAAGCUCAACAAGGUGUCAACGGCGUCAGCUGCUGCUGCAGAGUCUUUGGACAACAACCACCUGCGGCUAAUGCUGGUCAACGGCAGAAUCAUCCGGUGAGAGUUCAGUGUUUGGUCAGCGAAGCAACAAGUGUGCUGAAAAUUAAUUUUGCACCAAGUCAGUCUGUCCAACACAGUUUUUUAGUUGGUCGCAUAACAAUACAUUCAAAUAUUCCUAAACUGCAAAAUAACAAGUAGAGUGUUGCAAUUCUAUUCAAAAGUAAAAUCCCUUUAGGGUUAAAAAGAUUAUAGCAAAAAGAGGAAAUCAAAGCUGAAAUUGCACAUAAACUUGAAGUCUGAAAGUUACAACAAUAGUGACCUUAAAGUGAUGAAAACUUGAAAUCGGCUCAAAAACAGGAGAUGCAUCACUGAAGUUAGGAACUUUUUUGAGGUUACACUUUUUUGUCUCUUAUUCCUGUGCUUCAAUUUCUCUCGUGCAGUGAUUUAAGGCAGCCUGCCAGCAGCCCGGUGAAGACGGAGGGUGAAAAGUCAUCUGACAGCCAAGGCCCACCAAAGAGUUGUGUGGAUGUGAAGUCUGAGAGGACACAAGGGCAGCACAGCAUGGUGGAAAAACCUGCACUCCUCAGUGAGUCACCAGCUCCUGUUAUAAGUUUUGUAGUUUUUUUGUUUUUGUUUUUUAAAACAUUUUAGAACCUUAAACCAAGUGUUGUAACUGAUAAAAUGCGAAUCUUGUGCUUUUUCCUGUGUUCAUCAGGGGGUCUGGAGAGGGUGAAGACUGAACUCAGGGAAGAAGUCUCAGGACACUCAAGUGUGUCGGAUGUAGAGUCAGACAGCGACUCUCACGCAGAGGUACAUCUGAGAAUUGACCUUUUCCCCUUUCCUUUCUCAAUCCCAAGAGAUUUGGUGACCGCUCUGGUGUUUAUUUUUAAUACUUAAACUCAUUUGAAAGGUCCUUUUUUUUAAUUCUCUAAUGACAGCUAAGUCUUUAUAUGAGGCAGAAAGGUUGGUGUCAUCUACAAAAUGCACUGAAACUGUAGCGUUUCAUGCUGAAGUAAUAUCAUUUAUGUAGGUAAAAAACACUAAUGUCCCCAAAUGGACCCCUGGGGUACACCAUUUCAUUUUAAUUACUUUCUCACAACUUUUAAUAAUAAAUACAUAUUGAGUUCUGGUGUUGCAGCACAAUAGAAAGCUUAGAGAAGUGCAGGUAAAUAUGCUUAAUGUGUUAUGCAGAGUCACAGAAUUAUAAAUAUCAUAGGAACUUUUCAGGGACUCUUCAUGCUGUGAUCACUGCUGCACUUUCUCACUGUGAAACCACUUUGUCAUCGUAGCCUAACGCGUCAUCGUCGUCAUCAUCAUCAUCAUCGUCGUCGUCCUCGGCGUCGUCAUCGUCCUCGUCAUCUUCUUCUGGGGAGGAUUCAGAGAGUUCCCAGGAGGAGGAGGAGGAGGAGGAGAGGAGGAGAUCAUCUCAGCAGAAAGGCUCAGGGCACACCAUAGAGCUGGACCAGUCUGGCCAGAAACUCAGGCACAAACACAAACCACUCAAACGGUGAGAAGGACAAAGACACUGAGAACAGUCUCAUAAAGAGACUCAGAGCACAGACACGGUUUGUUUUCUCUGUUUGUUGUAAAUUAAUCUGUCCCGUGUGCUUCUUCAGAGAACGUCCUACCUCACCCAGUACAGAAGAGGCCAUUCAGGGGAUGCUGUCUAUGGCCGGUCUGCUGUGCCCCUCCAAGCCGGAGAAGGUAGCUUCGACCCAGGAACUGUGGUGGUCCGGUUCCGCCCAGUGCUCGCCACAGGAACAGGAGGAGGCGACGCAGCAUCAGCUCCGCCUGCAGGGGGACAAGGGCCCGAUGGACAGCCAGGGAAACAGCAGCGAGGCCUGGGACAAUCAGGGGCUCCCCAGCCCAGAGACAGACUACCAGUACUGUGACCCCUCAAUGUCUCCACCUCUGCACCCUUCCAAGAGGCACGCCCCCAACCCCCCACCCAUCAGCAAUCAGGCCACCAAAGGUUUGGAAAUCAGAUUUUGUUCUGAAUUGGUGAAAAGGAACAUGUGAGGACAAGAAUAGACAUCUCUAUGACAAAAGACACGUAAAACUGACUUGACUCCGAACGUAACUUUUCUGUCUAACAUAAAAGUGGAGAUUUCUACCAAGACUGAAGAAGACAAAGUGAUUAGCACUGAGUUGCACCAGCUAUGAGAAAGUUCAAACGUUGACUAGUUUCUAAUUUAAGAUGGUUAACACUCCACUGAUGUUCCUCUACAGCAGAGAUGAUUUAAUCUGCACAAUAAGGCUCUGUCCAUCUGUUAGCUUGUCUUGAGGCUGACCACCUAACUUAUGACACAUUUUGUACAGAGCUGGUGCAACAGUGCAUGACUCAGUGCUGCACUGAACUGAGUUAUUUUUGCAUCAUCACUGCGCUUUGGAGAAUAUUGACGUUAAAAAUCAUCUUCAGUUCUCAAAAUUUCUCUGUCUAGAGUGAAGAUUUCUUAUAUUUUUAAGCCUCUUUUGCUUUUUCCCUCCAGUUUUCAUCCCUCCUUUAUUCCACUGUAAACAUUUUUCCUAUGAGUGAGAGUCGAUGAAAUUCUUAAAAUAACAAACUUGAUUAAUGAACUCUGUGAAACUGUCACUUAAAGGGGUCUAAAAGGAGUUUUAGAACUUGAAAUAGAAAGUUUGUGGAUGAAACUUCAGAUAAGUUAAGAUAAGAUGUUCCUUUAAUAGUUCCACGGGGUAAAUUCCAAAUUUACAGCUCCAUAGUAUAGAUACAAAAAGAGAAAAGUUAAAAGAUAAAGAAACUUUGAGUUAAAAAAGAUAUGUACAUGAGUCUCAUUUACAUCCGUACAGAAUUUAGAUAAUAAGAUUGACUUUCUAUCUAUUGACUGAUCUGCUGGGUCACAUUUUAAACCCCAAACCCUCUGGUCUAAGCUUGUUUAAUGUGAAUAUGAGCUAAAUUCUCUCUCUCAUAUGUGAGCACUAUAAAACGAUGAGUGUUUUCCUCGGUAUCAUGGGUAAAUAUUGAGUUUGUGUUCAGUCUGAGGCUGUUGAAAUAGGACUUAAGAAACAAGUUGUUGAGGGAAUAAUCAUUAGUUGCGGCUCUCGUCAGCAGUCUGUAAACACUCGGUCUCUUGUUUCUUCUUUUCUCCUUCUGAAUCGAUGCCCCUGACAUGUGUUCUCUUUGUUUUUCAGGCAAGCGGCCCAAAAAAGGAAUGGCCACAGCCAAGCAGAGACUGGGAAAGAUCCUCAAACUCAACAGACACAGUCGCGUCUUUGUCUAACACUCCAAAUCUUCACAACCUGCAAAAAAAAAAAAAAGGAAGCUGGGAUGUAUUCUUGAAGAAAAAGAAAAGAAACAUUUGUGUAUUUGUUUCCAGACAAGUUUGUACUGUAGAAAAGGAGAAAAAAAAAAAAAGACGCUGCCCGGAGCCGACGGGAACUGAUCAUGAAAAUAAAACACACGCUCACUGUGCAUGCUUAGGAGACAGGGUAACGGAUUUGAAAUAAGCGAGUGCACGACUUCACCAUAAGCACACUAAGAACAAAAAAAAAAAGGAGCUUUGGGAUGCGGAGAAGAAGCGAACAGGAAGUUUCCUGCUCCAGCGGGCAUUUUUUUUAAACGGACAAGGAGAUUAAGGAGAUCUACCAAACAAACGAGAAAAAAAAAAGAAUGAAUGCUACUGAUGCCAAGAUCACCUGCAUCACAUUCACAAACAUUUCCUCCUUCCCACAAUCCUUCACUUGCUUCACAGCUUUUUGCUAAAACCUGAAGAGGGUGGAGGAGCUGUAUCUGUCUAGCAGGGUGUUUUUAUUUUCCCCCCCUCACACCCUGAAGGGGGGCGGUGGGCGGAAAACGAGGUGCUAAGGAGAACUUUUUCAAAAUGGUGCUUAUUGUUUGUACUUUUCUUCACUCAUGCUCGUCCCCUGAAUCCCUGAAUCCCCCCUUUGACCUUUUAUCUCAAUCACACCAGCAAUAAUGACUUUGAGGAGAGGACUGUGAGAGGCAGCACUUUGGUGCAUCUUUACCCUUCCUCUGGUUCGUCUGUUUUUUGUGGAUGUCGGCGCGUUACAGACUUGCAUUAUUUAGUGCGAAUUACGCUCAAAAAUCUGCACUAUGUUUGAGAAUUUGGAGUUUGUUCUGAGCUGUUCUUGUUGCCCAAAGUGCUCCCUCUCUGUUUGAAAUAGGAAUUACGAGUCAUGUCAUGACUCCAGCUUAAUUUAUUUCUCGUUUUAUCUGUGAUGUUGUUUUUUAAUGUGUUAUUUUUAUGGAUUCUGAAUGAUGUAUUUAUUAAUUGAAAGAGAUGAUGAUUUUAUUAUAUUUUGACCCUACAGCCUCAGCUAUUCUGAGGGUUUUUUUUCCUUUUUAUAGGGUGUUUUUUCUUUUCUUUUCUUUUUUUAACCUUUAAUGGAUACUUUUUGUAAAUGUGGAUGUUUUAGAGUUAAUGUGAUCUUCAUCUGUUAAGUAGCAAUUUAUCUACAAAUCUUUUAUUACCUUCUAUGCUGUCACAACUCUCUCUCCCAGUUGAAUAGAUCCUGUGUUGAUUCCUGUCUGUUCUGGUUUUCUCUUCUCCCUGUAGCCGGAGAUGUUGGGCGAUGUGCGAAUAGAAACUAGGUUAGGUUGUCAACUUCUACAUCUACACCUGAGCUUUUCUUUCCUAACUAGUGCCACUUAUCAUUUAGCAAAAAAAACAAACAAAACAAAACGCAAGUAUUCUGAGCCACUGUGGUUGAUCCAAAGUAUUCGAUGCAUUCAGAAGUGAACGUUUGAGGAACUAAUACGGGAUGAGUGACUUUUUUUAAGACAAAAAAAUUCCAGUGCUGAUGUGAGAUGUGUGUUUUGCUCAGAGUGCGCAGUUCUUCACUCUCAGGGAAUGAUGCCAUGGACAUAACCUUUGACUAACCAGCAGCCACGUCAUGGACGCAGACGCUCAAGACUUUCACCCUCACCCUUUCCUUUGAGGACGCUGAGGUUUGUUUUGUUUCUUUGUUCGAUUUCACCAUUGUGGUGUUCAAGUCGGGAUUUACUUGUGGUUAUUUUCACCUUUUUUGGCGAACUCUACACCUUCUGUUUUUAAAUUUGGUAUCGCUUCCUAACACACUUUGAGCUCAGUAUUACACACACACAAAAACGUCGACUCACCCAGGCUAACUGCUGCCACGUAGCUUUAAGAACAGCGUGAAAGCUUUGCUCAGGUUGACUUGUCGUGCACAUGACCUGUGAGUGACUGUGAUCAAUCAUCCAGCCCUGACGAGGCGUUUUACAUCCUCCAAGCUAAAAAAAAAAACAUAAAAGGACCAGACUGAUUUUCUUUCUUCCUACACUACACUUUCACCUUUUGAACUCUUUGCAUGUGAAAUCACUGAACUCUCAGAGCUGGCCCGCAGGCAGGGUUUGUUUGAAGCUGUACGUUUUCAUCCUGCAGGAUAUGUCCCUCUUUGCUUUUAUAUGCAGCUCUUUAAGCAUUUGUGUUUUGUGCGUUGGUUCUUGCAAUGUUUUCUUUCCAGAUUUAAAUGGCUUAGGAUUUAAAGUAUACAAACACUGGCUAACUGUGACACUGUUGAUGCGUUGCAUUUUGUUUCAGCAUUUCAAAAAUUGCGUGUAAAUAAAACUAAUGAAAUGACAAA